AUGGCAUCUCUAUUAGGAUGGGUUAAAAGCCCCUUUCGGAGAGUUCCGUCCCCUCCCAUGCGUUUUCCGACCAGCGGAUUUGAGACGGUUCCUGCGUCCGAGAUACUCGAAGAAGAAGGAUUUGCUGAGUUGAAGAAAGUCCAAUACUACUACCCUGUCAAUAUCGGCGAUGUUUUCAGUUCCCAGUACCAAGUCGUUGGUAAGCUAGGAUUUGGGGUUAUCUACCUCAACACCAGGGGCCAUCAAUACGUGACACUGAAGAUCUAUACACGUGACCAAGCAAACGGAGAAGAGUUUCAGAUCUACAAACACCUAAACCAGGAUGCCUUUACCAUACCUCGUCCAGGGGGCGAUCAUCCCUGCCUUGUCCAGAAACCCAUGUGGGAAAGUUUCAGGGAUCUACUCUAUCGGAAUCCCAGCCAUCGGUUCACCGAAGAUCUACUCAGAUUUGGUCUUAUGCAGGUCUUUCUUGCACUCGACUACCUGCAUACUGAGUGCAAGGUUAUACACACAGAUAUCAAGGGUGAUAACAUUCUCCAGGAAAUUGAGGACAGCUCGGUCCUGGAAGCUUUCGCCAAAGCUGAAAUGGACAACCCCGAACAUGAGGCCCAGCCGAAUAUCUAUAGGUCUCCGGAGAUGAUGUUGAAGGCAGGGUGGAGUUAUCCAAUUGAUAUAUGGAAUGUUGGGGCUAUGAUAUGGGAUCUGCUUGAAGGCAAGCACAUGUUUUAUGGCAAUGACCCAGAUGGGAAGGGGUAUUCGACCCGUGCGCAUCUGGCGGAGGUUAUUGGGUUGCUGGUACCGCCGCCGUUGGAUUUGCUGAAGAAGGGGAGGCGGAGUGCUGAGUUUUUCACCGAGGAUGGGCAAUGGAAACAAGACGUGGAGAUGCCGAUACCGCAGGGUCGAAGCUUGGAAACAUCAGAGGAGUUCCUUGAAGGACGGAACAAGGAGAUGUUUCUUGAGUUUGAUCGGAAGACGGCGAAGGAGUUGUUGGAGGAUCCGUGGUUGAAUGGUCGGGUGGAGUAG